AUGAGUGACAAUUUGAUGGAAAAAGUGAACGCGUUCGGCGAAAAGUUGAAAAUCGGCGGCGUAGAAGUUGGCCGGAAGAUGACGGAAGGAAUGACGUCGAUGAGUUUCAAGGUGAAGGAAUUCUUCCAAGGUCCGAACCAAGUCGAUAAGCUCGUUGAAGACGCAACAUCGGAGGCACACGAAGAGCCUGAUUGGGCUAUGAAUCUUGAUCUAUGUGACCUAGUUAACACCGAGAAAGUUAAUAGUAUUGAAUUGAUCCGUGGAAUCAAGAAACGGAUCGUGAUUAAAAGCCCUAGGGUUCAGUAUUUGGCUUUGGUUUUGAUUGAAACUAUUGUUAAGAAUUGUGAAAAAGCGUUUUCUGAACUUGCUGCUGAGAGAGUGCUUGAUGAGAUGGUGAGACUUAUUGAUGAUCCUCAAACUGUUGUUAAUAAUCGGAAUAAAGCUUUGAUGAUGAUUGAAGCUUGGGGUGAGUCCACUGGUGAACUUCGGUAUCUACCUGUUUAUGAAGAAACCUAUAAGAGUUUGAGAUCGAGGGGUAUUAGGUUUCCUGGUCGUGAUAAUGAAAGCCUGGCUCCGAUUUUCACUCCUCCGCGGUCAGCUUCUGUACCGGAGCUGCCUCAUGUGGGUGAUCUUCCACACCAGUUUCAGCGGGAUGUUACUCUGCAGGAUUUUACGCCGGAACAGACAAAGGAAGCCUUUGAUGUUGCGAGAAAUAGCAUUGAACUUCUUUCGACUGUGUUAUCAUCUUCGCCGCAACAAGAUGUUUUGGAGGAUGAUUUGACCAGCACACUUGUACAGCAGUGUCGUCGCUCCCAAACUACUGUCCAGCGGAUUGUCGAAACUGCUGGGGACAAUGAAGCACUUCUUUUUGAGGCCUUGAAUGUUAAUGAUGAGAUUCUGAAGGUUCUUACCAAGUAUGAAGAGUUGAAACCACCUCCAGUUGCCCCUCUUCAACCUGAACCAGCUAUGAUACCUGUUGCUGUUGAGCCAGAUGAGUCACCUCAUCAUCUUGAUACUAAAGAUGACUCCCUGAUUAGAAAACCAGCUGGUUCAAGACCUGGUGUCCAGGGAGGAAACAACGACGACAUGAUGGAUGAUCUUGAUGAGAUGAUUUUUGGGAGUAAAGUUGGGGAUGCAUCAGGUGGAGGACAUGAGGCAAAGAAACAAUCUUCUAAAGAUGAUCUUAUCUCCUUCUAA